GCGCGGCACUCAGGGCCUGGGCUUCCCGGCACUGCAACCUUCGUCGCGUACCCAGCACCGGCGCGGCGCAGAGCGGCCCGGCCUCAUGUACCGCGCGCUGUAUGCGUUCCGCUCCGCGGAGCCCAACGCCAUGGCGUUCGCUGCAGGCGAAACCUUCCUGGUGCUGGAGCGCAGCAGCACGCACUGGUGGUUAGCGGCACGGGCGCGCAGUGGCGAGACCGGGUACGUGCCGCCUGCCUACCUGCAUCGCCUGCAGGGCAUGGAGCAAGAUGUCCUCCAAGCUAUUGACCGGGCCAUUGAGGCUGUGCACAACACAGCCAUGCGAGAUGGUGGCAAGUACAGCCUGGAACAGCGUGGAGUCCUUCAGAAGCUUAUUCAUCAUCGGAAAGAGACCUUGUCUCGAAGGGGCACCUCAGCUUCCAGUGCUUCGGUUAUGACCCCAUCCACCAGUGACCACCAUUUGGACACUGCUGUAUCUAGGCAGCCCAAUGGAGUGUGUCGAACUGGGUUUGAACGGCAGCAUAGCCUACCCAGUUCUGAGCAUCUCGGGACAGAUGGAGCCCUCUACCAGGUCCCACCACAGCCUCGGCGAGCAGCACCUGCCACCCCACCCCCACCGGUGAAGCGCCGAGACCGUGAGGCCCUGGUGAUCUCAGGGAGUGGUGGCCGCACAGCAGUACCCUCUGGAGGUAGUUCUGUGUCUAGUGGCUCUUCAGUCAGCAGCACCUCUAUGGACACACUCUACACUGGCUCUAGCCCCUCUGAGCUGGGUCCCAGCUGCUCACCCACACCUCCGCCUGUACCUCGCCGAAGUGCCCACACUACAGUGUCCCAGGCCCAGCCCUCUCCCUCCAAGGCACCAUCCCCGGAGCCCCCUGCUGAGGAAGUGGCAGCUGAAACAAACUCAGCCCCUGAUGACCUCGAAGCUCUGGAUUCCCUGAGCCCAGAGACCACAGAGGAGAAGCCAGCUACUGAGACAGUUGUGCCAAGGACCAUUGGGGCAGAGCUGAUGGAACUUGUGCGGAGAAACACCGGUCUGAGCCACGAAUUAUGUCGUGUGGCCAUUGGUGUCGUGGUGGGUCACAUCCAGGCCUCCGUACCAGCCAGCUCGCCUGUCAUGGAGCAGGUCCUCCUCUCGCUGGUAGAGGGCAAGGACCUGAGCACAGCCCUACCCUCGGGGCAGGUCUGCCAUGACCAGCAGAGACUGGAGGUGAUCUUUGCAGACCUGGCUAGAAGGAAGGAUGACGCCCAGCAGCGCAGCUGGGCGCUUUACGAGGACGAGGAUGUCAUCCGCUGCUACCUUGAGGAACUGCUGCACAUCCUGACGGAUGCAGAUCCUGAAGUUUGCAAGAAAAUGUGCAAAAGGAGUGACUUCGAGUCUGUCCUAGCCUUGGUGGCCUAUUACCAAAUGGAACACCGAGCGUCACUUCGGCUGCUGCUCCUCAAGUGCUUCGGCGCCAUGUGCAGCCUGGACGCAGCGAUCAUCUCUACUCUGGUCUCUUCCGUGCUACCUGUGGAAUUGGCUCGGGACAUGCAGACUGACACACAGGACCACCAGAAGCUCUGUUAUUCCGCCCUCGUCCUGGCCAUGGUCUUCUCCAUGGGAGAGGCGGUGCCCUACGCACACUAUGAACACCUGGGUACACCCUUUGCCCAGUUCCUACUGAGCAUCGUUGAGGAUGGCCUUCCCCUGGACACUACAGAGCAGCUGCCAGACCUCUGCAUGAACCUGCUUCUGGCUCUCAACCUGCACCUGACAGCUCCUGACCAGAAUGUCAUCAUGGCUGCCUUAAGCAAGCACACCAACGUGAAGAUCUUCUCGGAGAAGCUGCUUUUGCUUCUGAACAGAGGGGACGAUCCUGUGCGUAUCUUCAGACAUGAGCCCCAGCCGCCACACUCUGUCCUCAAGUUCCUGCAGGACGUGUUCAGCAGCGCUGCUACAGCCUCCAUCUUCUACCACACAGACAUGAUGGCGCUCAUUGACAUCACUGUGCGGCAGAUCGCCGACCUGUCACCUGGAGACAAGCUACGCAUGGAGUACCUCUCCCUGAUGCAUGCCGUGGUCCGCUCCACACCCUACCUGCAGCACCGGCAUCGGCUGUCUGACCUGCAGGCUACACUGCGGCGCAUCCUGACUGAGGAAGAGACCUCACCGCAGUGCCAGAUGGACCGCAUGAUUGUCCAAGAGAUGUACAAGGAGUUUCCGGACCUGGGAGAGGUCCCCAGCUAGCACUUCUCUCUACUCCCUUCUCUGCAGCCCUGGGAGGGUGCAGAGAACUCAGGGGCUUUGCUCUAA